CAUAUACACCCACGCGGGCGCGGGCGCAGAUGCAACAAACGCACAGAACGCCACCAGAUCAUCAUCGGCGUCCAGCGCGCGAUGGACAUGGGAAUGGGAGGGCACGGCGUGGGCAUGGGCGGCGCCGCCGCCCCGGCGGCGGCGGCGGCGCACGGGGGCAUGCGGAUGCACUACAUGCACAUGACCUUCUACUGGGGCAAGAACUCGGAGAUCCUCUUCCACGGGUGGCCCGGCUCCAGCGGUGGCAUGUACGCGCUCGCGCUCCUCGUCGUCUUCGCUCUCGCCGUGCUCGUGGAGUGCCUCUCCUCCUCCCGCUGGCUCGAGUCCCGCCUCUCCUCCCGCGACCGGCCCGCGGCAGCGGGGGCGGCGCGCGCCGCCGUGCACGCGCUGCGCGUCGGGAUGGCGUACGUCCUCAUGCUCGCGCUCAUGUCGUUCAACGUCGGCGUGCUCCUCGUGGCAGUCGCUGGCCACGCGGUGGGGUUCCUGCUGUUCAGGGCCGGCCUGUUCGGCGGACAGGCGCAGGUGGAGGACGGAGCCAAGGACUACCUCGCGCCGGCGGCGUGCUGCUAGGUCUUCUUAUCGGCAUCAUUCAUGGGUUUGGAAAGUUUGGUGGUGUGAUCCUGUUAAUCUGGGUGAUUGCGAUCUCACCAUUCACAACCGUUCUUGUUUGGUUGCAUCUUGCAUAUCGACCGGGAUUAACUUUUUUGUCA